CGCAUUUGUUUCCCGCGGAGGCCUGCUGCUGGUCGGCUACCUCCUGACGACGGUAUUCGUCAUUGGUAACCUUUGUGCCUGGCAGGAGAACGUUCGACCCAAGCUCUACGUCACGCUAGCCGACAAAGAGUACCUUAGGUUCCAGGGCAACGAAUCGACGAACGAUUAUUUCAAGCUGGUGCUGCGUGAUCCGAACAGCAACAAUCUGCUAGUGGGAGCACGGAACAUCGUCUACAAUCUCAGCAUCUACGAUCUGGCAGAAACGACGCGUCUCUCGUGGUAUUCAUCCGACGACGACAUCAAGAUGUGCAUUGUGAAGGGCAAGGAUGAGGAUCUCUGCCAAAACUAUAUCCGGGUGAUGGCAAUCCCUGCGCAGGGAUCGCUGCUGAGCUGCGGGACGAACGCAUUUCGGCCGAUUUGCCGAACGUACUCCAUCAACGGUAACAACUACUCGAUGGAGACGGAGAAACCUGGUCAAGCAAUGUGCCCGUACGAUCCAACCCACAACUCCACCGCUGUGUUCGUAGAUAACGAACUUUAUUCGGGCACUGUGGCUGAUUUCAGCGGACUGGAUCCCAUUAUCUAUCGCGAGCAUCUACAAACCGAACAAUACGACAGCCUCAGCUUGAACGCGCCCAACUUUGUCGGAUCCUUCACGCAGGGUGACUUCGUGUACUUCUUCUUCCGCGAGACGGCCGUCGAAUUCAUCAACUGUGGCAAGGCUAUCUUCAGCCGUGUUGCGCGUGUGUGCAAAUGGGAUAAGGGUGGUCCGAAUCGACUAAAGAACCGCUGGACGUCUUACUUGAAAUCUCGCCUAAACUGCUCCAUGCCGGGCGAUUUUCCAUUCUAUUUCGACGAAAUACAAUCUACCAGUAAUCUCGUCGAAGGCCGAUAUGGUCAUGCUAAUUCGAAGCUCAUCUACGGUGUAUUCUCUACGGCACCAAACGCAAUUGCAGGAUCAGCAAUAUGUGCAUUUUCGCUACAGGAAAUUUCGGACACGUUCGAGGGUAACUUCAAGGAGCAAAGUGGACUUAACUCGAACUGGUUGCCAGUAAACCCGAUGAACGUUCCUGAUCCACGGCCCGGUUCGUGCCAUAACGAUUCUCGCACCCUGCCCGAUCUGACGCUCAACUUCAAAAAGACUCAUUCGCUGAUGGACGAAACCGUGCCCGCAUUUUUCGGCUCUCCCAUCCUAACGCGCGUCAGCACGAUGUAUCGGUUCACUGCAAUUGCCGUAGAUCCACAAAUAAAAACGCCCGGUGGAAAGACAUACGAUGUUAUCUUUGUUGGUACAGAUCACGGUAAAAUCCUCAAAACGGUUAACGCCGAAUCGGCCGACUCAAACAAGAAGGUAACCUCGGUGGUGAUCGAGGAAAUCGAUGCACUUCAAACGAACGAACCUAUUCGGACGCUGGAAAUCGUUCGCACAACACAGUACGACACACCAAAGGAUGGCAGUUACGAUGAUGGAAAAUUAAUUAUAGUCACCGAUACGACCGUGCUGGCGAUCAAAUUGCACCGCUGCAGCAGUGAGAAGAUAACAAGCUGCAGUGAGUGUGUAGCGCUGCAGGAUCCGUACUGUGCCUGGGAUAAAAUAGUGGGCAAGUGUCGGUCACAUGGUGCCCCCCGGUGGUCUGAAGAGAAUGUAUUUUACCAGAGCGUGGCCACCGGUGAUCACGCGGCAUGUCCAUCUGGCAAGAUGGCAAAGGAUGCAAACGUCGUCGAACGACAGGGAUACCGAGGUACGUAUGAUCUUGAGUACGAUCCACAGCGGCCAUUCCGAGAUCAACCGGCGGAUAAGAUUCAGUUCAACUCAGAGAACUACAACGACAAGGGACCGCAGAUUACACCCGAUCUUAUUAACGCUCAAUACACGGUAGAGACGCUAGUCAUGGCCGUAUUGGCAGGGGCAAUCUUUGCUCUGCUGGUCGGUUUCAUUACCGGCUACUUCUGCGGUCGUCGAUGUCACAAGGACGAGGACGACAACCUACCAUAUCCGGAUACCGAGUAUGAAUACUUCGAACAGCGUCAGAAUGUUAAUCGGAUACAAGCCGAGCCGAAGCUACUACCGCAGGUCGAAGAAGUGACCUACGCCGAGCCUGUACUAUUACCUCAACCGUCUAGUCAGAAUAAGAUGCAGCAUUCGCCAAAAAAUACGUUAAGGAAACCGAUGGGUCACCACCAUGGCGUCAACUCGGAAACGUUGUUCCAGUUCCAACCGGACAACUAUAAUAAUGCUCGAGACAAUUACCGAGGCCGAGACAACUUCGGCACCCUACGAUCCCAUCAGGGUGAUAAUUAUCGUCGCGGUGACGGAUUUUCAACGACAAGAAGUGUCAAAAAAGUCCUUAAUUCAAACACUCGUAACAGAAGUCUCGGCCGUAUGAAAAGGCAGCCGCCCCGGCAUGGUAUGGUAACACAACAUCGUUCCGACAGUCCACACCAUUCCAGCUCCGGAUCUUCCCCAGUCAUGUCCAACAGUAGCUCUAGUCCUGCGCCUCCAUCCAGCAGUCCCAGCCCACAGGAAAGCCCCAAGAACUGCAGCUACAUCUACCGGGAUUGA